AUGCGGUAUACCUCUUUUUUUACCCUAGCUGGCAUUACAGGCCUGGUUCUGGCAGCACCAGGUCCUUCCCUACCUAAAAGGGCAUCUUCCUUCGUUUGGUUCGGCGCAAAUGAAGCUGGCGCAGAGUUUGGGAGUGGGAACAUUCCUGGAGUACUGGGCACCGACUAUAUCUGGCCAUCGACCUCAGCCAUUCAAACUCUACGGAGUGCAGGGAUGAAUAUAUUCCGCGUUCCCUUCGCAAUGGAGCGGCUGGUUCCAGGAACUCUAACGUCGAGUGCGGAUCCAACCUACCUAGCUUCAUUGAAAAGUACCGUCAACUAUAUCACAUCUAGUGGUGGAUAUGCUGUUAUUGAUCCUCACAAUUUUGGACGAUAUUAUGGCAACAUCAUCACCUCUACUAGUGACUUCGCAGCAUUUUGGACGACGCUCGCAUCGGAAUUCGCGUCGAAUGACAAGGUCAUAUUCGACACAAACAAUGAGUUCAACUCGGAAGACCAAACCCUGGUGUUGGACCUGAACCAAGCUGCUAUCAACGCUAUUCGAGCUGCAGGAGCCACAUCGCAGUACAUUUUCGUGGAGGGCAACUCGUGGAGCGGCGCAUGGACAUGGACAACUGUCAAUGAUAAUAUGAAGGCCUUGAAAGAUCCACAAGACUUGAUUAUUUAUGAGAUGCACCAGUAUCUCGACUCUGAUGGUUCCGGGACAUCAGAGACCUGCGUUAGCUCAACCAUCGGCCAAGAACGAGUUGUUUCUGCCACACAGUGGCUCAAGGACAAUGGCAAGAAGGCCUUCUUGGGUGAAUUUGCUGGGGGCCCCAACUCUGUCUGCAAAAGUGCAGUGACAGGUAUGCUUGAUUACUUGCAAGCGAACAACGAUGUCUGGCUUGGUGCGUCCUGGUGGUCCGCUGGACCAUGGUGGGGAGACUACAUGUACAGCUUCGAGCCUCCUUCCGGCACAGGCUAUACUUACUACAUGAGUCUCUUGGAGAAUUACUUCCCUGGCUCGAGUGGCCCAGGUGUAACGACCACCGCAGUCACCCCCACUUCCACAGCUACUACUAAGACCACCACCACUACGACGACGACGACGACGACGACUGGAGCGACCACUGGCGCUGCUCACUAUGCGCAGUGUGGUGGAUUCAACUGGACCGGUCCAACCACCUGUGUCAGCCCGUACACAUGCCAGAAACAGAGUGACUACUACUCGCAAUGCCUAUAG